UCUGAGACCGUCUGUAGCUUCAACAACACACCCGGAAAUAGCUCGGUGCGCAGCAAAAUACAAACGUCAAACUCUCUCAGUCACACGAACACGCCGCCAACAUUAAUCUAUCAGAGCGAGAUUUAGCGAGAUUUGCAGUUUGGAGUCUGAAGUCGUAAAUUGACUACAUUCUAUUAAUUGGUGUCGGAGCGGAAAUCAGCAACAGCCUGCUUAGCAGAACUAUAAGUAAGAUUGAGGGACAAGCUUUCAGCAUGACAGGCUAAGCUGAAUCUUUACCGCUCGUGUGUGGCGUUCACUGGGGAGCUGCAGCCUCCACAAAGGCGUCUUUUCCGACUUGCGUCUUGGUUACACAGGUUGCACCAUGGCAAUGUGGAUUCAGGCCCAGCAGCUUCAGGGCGACGCGUUGCAUCAGAUGCAGGCGCUGUACGGCCAGCAUUUCCCCAUCGAGGUGCGACACUACCUGGCCCAGUGGAUUGAAAGCCAGCCUUGGGACUCUGUGGAUUUGGAUAAUCCAGGAGAAGAGGCUAAAGCCAAGCGUCUGCUUGACAACCUGGUGGCAGAGCUGCAGAAAAAAGCACAGGUUCAGGGAGGAGAGGAUGGCUUUCUUCUCAAGAUCAAGCUGGGACAUUUAGCCAGCCAGUUCAAGAGCACUUAUGACCGCUGUCCUUUUGAAUUGGUGCGCUGCAUUAAGCACAUCCUGCAGUCGGAGCAGAGACUAGUUCAAGAAGCAACAAAUGUGAGCUCUGGGGGUGGUGGGCAGGCCAUGGACACGCUGUCCCAGCGACAUCAACAGAUCAACCAAGCUUUUGAAGAACUGCGCCUAGCAACACAGGAGACAGAGAAUGAGCUGAGGAAGCUGCAGCACAGCCAGGAAUACUUCAUCAUCCAGUACCAGGAAAACCUGCGCAUCCAGGCCCAGCUGAGCAGCUUAUCUUCAGUGCCCCCAGCAGAGCGAACGCAGCGGGAAGCCGCCCUGCAGAGCAAGAGGGCCACUGUGGAGGCCUGGCUCACCAGAGAGGCCAGCACACUACAGAAAUACAGGCUUGACCUGGCAGAUCAGCACCAGAAGACUCUGGGUUUACUGAGGAAACAGCAGACUCUUAUCCUGGACGAGGAACUCAUUCAAUGGAAGAGGAGACAGCAGCUGGCUGGAAACGGGGGCCCUCAUGAGGGGGGGCUGGACGUUCUGCAGUCCUGGUGCGAAAAGCUGGCAGACCUGAUUUGGCAGAACCGACAGCAGAUUCGGCGCUGUGAGCAUCUUACCCAGCAGCUCCCUUUGCCUGGUUCGAUAGAAGAGCUGCUCACCAAACUCAACGCUGACAUUACUGACAUCAUCUCUGCCCUGGUCACAAGCACCUUCAUCAUUGAAAAGCAGCCGCCGCAGGUGUUAAAGACCCAGACGAAGUUCGCAGCUACUGUCCGUCUUCUUGUGGGGGGGAAGCUCAAUGUCCACAUGAACCCACCGCAGGUCAAGGCUGUCAUUGUUAGCGAGCAGCAAGCCAAAGCUUUGCUGAAGAAUGAAAGCACACACAGUGAAAGCAGUGGAGAAAUCCUUAACAACAACUGUGUAAUGGAGUACCACCAGGCCACAGGCACUCUAAGUGCACACUUCCGGAACAUGUCACUGAAGCGAAUUAAGCGUUCGGAUCGUCGAGGUGCCGAGUCUGUGACAGAGGAAAAGUUUACAAUUCUGUUUGAGUCCCAGUUCAGCAUUGGAGGAAACGAGCUGGUGUUUCAUGUCAAGACUCUGUCUCUACCGGUCGUUGUGAUUGUCCAUGGCAGUCAGGACAAUAACGCCACAGCAACAGUCCUGUGGGACAACGCCUUUGCUGAGCCGGGAAGAGUGCCAUUCCUUGUCCCUGACAAAGUGCUGUGGACCCAGCUUUGUGAAGCCCUGGAUAUGAAGUACAAGGCAGAAAUGCACAGUGGGCGUGGCCUGACUGAAGAUAACCUAGUCUUCUUGGCACAGAAAGCGUUUUCAAACAGCAGUAAUAACCCUGAGGAUUACCGUAACAUGACUAUUUCCUGGGCCCAGUUCAACCGGGAAAACCUGCCUGGACGCAACUUUACUUUUUGGCAGUGGUUUGAUGGAGUGGUAGAGCUCAUGAAGAAACACCUGAAGCCUCAUUGGAAUGAUGGGGCUAUUCUUGGGUUUGUGAACAAGCAGCAGGCUCAGGACAUGUUGAUGUCUAAACCCAACGGCACCUUCCUGCUGCGCUUCAGUGAUUCUGAGAUCGGAGGCAUCACUAUUGCCUGGGUGGCUGAAAAUCCCAACAAACAAGGUGAAAGGCUGGUCUGGAAUCUGCUGCCUUACACAACAAAGGACUUCUCCAUUCGCUCCCUGGCUGACCGCAUAAGUGACUUGAAUCAUCUUCUGUUUCUUUACCCUGACCGGGCCAAGGACGAGGUCUUCGCCAAGUACUACACCCCUCCACUCUCGAAACCAGUGGAUGGAUACGUUAAACCACAAAUCAAACAAGUUGUACCAGAAUUCACCACCCCAAACCCUGAGCCCUGCGCUGGAGCUGCAUUCAUGGACCAGACAGCUUCGUCCUCUGGCAGCCAUUCCAACAACUUUGUCUACUCCUCCAUUAGUGACAACAUGCUGGAUCCAGACGGAGAUUUCGACCUGGAGGACACGAUGGAUGUUGCCCGUCAUGUGGAGGAGUUGCUUCGCAGGCCCAUGGCCAACCAGUGGAGCAGUCAGCAGUCCUGAACCUAAAACGUGAAGCCGUUGCACAUCUUUGUGUUGUUUCUAUGUUUGGUUGUUUGUCUUUUUAACAAAAUCCUGGUGAGCAAUAAUGGAGAAGAGUCAGCUUGAUCGACACCUCAAUCCACUUCACAGUUUGGUUUUAGCAUUUAGCUAUGCUUGUCCAUAUGAGAAUAUAGAGCUAUAGUUACUGGCUGAUAUCCUCUCAAGCAGGUGUUUUUCUUUUUUUUUUUUAUAAAAAGGUGAGACAUGCAGUUAUUUUCAGUAGAAGCUGGGCAGUAAGUUCAUGUGUAGCUGAUGAACCUGCAAGACAUGAGGAAAGUUUAACUGGGGAGAAAAAAACUUAUCCAGACAUGAUUGUAUAUUUAUCUGAAUAAGUACUAAAAAUUAAUCUAUUUUCUAUUAGCAAUAAAAAUCUGUCAUUAUAUAUUGUCUAAAACCUUUAAAGAGAGACUAUGUAACUUCUUGCUAAACACCAGGGACCUUCAACACAAAUGGUACUUACAAACAUUUACUUGACAUGUCAGUUAUUAUCUUGAUGGUAAUUUAAACUUUUUUUUUAGUUUUGUCUCUAGUGGCCUUUAUUUGAAGGUAGUUGGACAGGAAGGAGGGUAGUGAGAGAGGGGGAAGACAUGCGGCAAAUGUCGCCAGGCCGGGAAUCGAACCUGUGACCACCGCCACGAGGACUAUGGCCUCAAUACGUGGGUUGUGCUUUGCCCCUGCACCACCACAGCAGCCCAGUAGUUACUUCACAAAAAGUGUCAACCAUCAGUCAUCUGUGACUUCAACUUUAUGGCUGAUUCAAACCAGUGAUGAAUCGGUUUGGUCCAAAUAGAUUGGAAUGGUUAUUGAACUUGCGGGAAAAAAACUGAUUCUAAUUUCUUGUUUUUUCUAAUCCUUCUGAAGAGAAACCUGUUUGUAUGAAAUAUGAGAUGGCGUUAAUAUUAACAAAAAUGAAGGGAAACGUGCGCGUUUGAUUUGAUCCUUUUCAAUAUCUAAUCCAACAAACUGCUCCAAACCAGAAUCAUCAGAAUGAGCUGCCUGGCGUUGGCAGAGAGGCUUUGGCUGGUUUUUCUUUGGUGGAACCAACAAACUGAACUCUACAGGUCAACACUGAUGAGCUUUUCUGACAAAUGUGUCUCCAUGUUGAGGGAAAUAAACGGGCUUUCCAACAAACAUACAGCCGAGAGCCAUUGUCACAACAGAGACAUAACAUCAAACACGUUUCCUUCCUUUUGUGCUUUUAAUAAAAACGUAAUAUUCAUGAAAUAUCAGGUUUCCAAUGUAAAAUGAGUGAAACACUGCCCCCCUCAAACAGGUGCUGCAAUGUGUAGGAAGGAAGAGAUUUCCAUUUGCAACAAGCCAAAUGUUUAAAAACUAAAAUAUUUGACCAGUGCAUUCACACAGGUUAGAUGAGUCUCUAUGCUGGCCUCUGGAAAAGUAGGAUUUGACAUGGGAGCCCUUGUGUACUGAUAAAUUCUGAAUGCAUGUUUUGCACCAGAGCCUGCAGUGAUGAGAUUGGAACCGACAGCUCUCAUCCCAUUGCUUUGUUUCCAGCCCCAGCUGUGUUUUUGCAGCUCCAAACACAACAAAGGGAUAAUAAGAUCAGCUAAUAGAAAAGGAGACCCAAGCAGAGGAGAGUGUCCCCUGCCACUCGGUUAUAAGUUCUAGUGACAGAGAACUUAAGUUUUUUUUUCCCACUCAACACACUUGUGUGUUUUAUGUACUGAAUGCACAUUUGUGUGAACUGUAUCACUUUAAAUCACCUGCAGGUCCUGGCUGUAGUUCUGACUGAACUGAACUGGUUAGUUGCUAAAUAACACAAACGGUGUCAACCUAGAAACUAUGAGUUCAUAGCUUCUAGGUUUCCUGAAGAAUAUAGUAUGCAAAGAUUACAUUUCUAUAGAUCUUUUUGUUUCCUUCCUCAGAAGUUGCAUAGUCUAACUUUAAGUGUUAAAAAUCUAACUGAAUGUCUUGAGAUGUAUUUUUCCUUGAAAUGCAUCUGUUCCACCGUACUGCCUUGCAUCAUGUUGGCUUGAGCUGCUGAAACAUGUUAAAUAAUGAGAUUUUACUGUUAAGUUUUUGUAGUUUUUACUUCAUUCAGCAUGUUUUUAAUUUCUCAUAGAGCUGUUUAAUGCAACGUGAAGCAGAGAGCUGGGUGUCACACUAGAACGAAGCAGAGUUUAAUCCUAAAAUCUUCGUUUUGAACAUCCACAUCUACACCAACUAAUGUGUCCCAACAAGGUGAAAUAAAGUCUUAAAGUGCCUUUUUAUGUGUUGGAGAUGGCAGACUUGCAAAAAAAUAUGUCCUGUGCACAAACAUGCAGUCUUUGAGACUGCAUGUCUCAAAGACAUGCAGUCUUUGAGACAUGCUCUUGCAUAUAAAAUAGUUGCUUAAGGUUAUUAUGACAAAGGAUAAUUAAAUUCUCACUUUUAAAACUUUACCUGGAGGAGGGAGGCUGUUAUAACUAUGGAUGGACUGAUGAAUAAACCUGGAGUUCCUUAAUGUUGGGAGAUUGAUCGAUACUUGCAUGAGAAGCUGAUCUUAUCCACUGAUCUUACCCACCUCUGCAAAAGUCUGAAAAUCAGCCACUGUCCUUUUCUGCUCUGAGUGACCUCCCUGCCCACCAGGUUAUUUCUGCACAUGCUCAGUUGACAGAAGUCAUUCCACUUGCCAACAUUUUUAGCAACUUCUCAGACAAAAAUCGGUAUCAGCCAAAAUUGGAAUCAGGUGAUCAGCGAUCAGCCCGAAACUACAAUGCACAUCUGAUUACAACUAAAUGAGCCAGCCGCACUUUUGAAAAUGUGGAAUGAGACCACACCCUGCUAGGUCUCUGUACAGCCUCACAUUGUACAGCCUCACAUUUUACCUCAAGAGCUAAGAGAAGGUGUCACAGAUUAGAGGAAAUAAGUAGUCACAGUUGGUUGAUGAAUAAAAUGACAAAAAAAAGUUCUUAUCUAAAAUCCUAAUACUAGCUGUAGAGCCUGGAGAAAGGAGCUCUACUUUGCAGUAAAUGAUCUCAGUCCUUCAAGUCGAGUUCUGCAGGUAGCCCUGUGUCUGAACAGAACUAUUACUGUUCCUCAAUCAGCUUAAAAUCUGUAUUUGUGUUCUGCCAUGUGAAUUCUGUCUGUAAGGUUUAAACAUAAACUCUGUUUUGAAAGAGUUUUCCUUAAUGUGUCUGAAAUAUUUUAGGUACUUUUGUUUUGAUGCUGAUGUACAUCUGAUGUUUACCUUUUAGUACAUCUAUCAGAUUGAUACUCUGAGAUGUUUUCCAUUGGUUGCUAGGUACAUGGUGUGUCACAUGCAAAUUUUUAUUAAUUUUAUUUCUGAUCAACUUUUUCUUCUGAGAUGAAUUGACUUUGUUUUUGUACUUACUUUUCAAUAGAAUACAGAAGAAUGUGAUACCAUGUUGUUUUCUACUAUGCCAUGUUAAAAUAAAAUGAUCAAAAUAUGUU